AUGCCUCAUCAACAUCAUCACCAUUCAUAUAUAAAUCAAUCUAUAACUCAUAAUUACUUUAAAAAGAAGAUAUUUGGUCUGAGGGGACGUGUGGCCUUGAGGGUGGCAUUGGAAGCGACCGUGUCAUCUAUUAUAUUCUAUUUGAAUUCUGGAUUGGAUCCCAACCUUAUAUUGCUCAUUCCCAUCUAUAUCGUGAUUGCAGCAUGCACAGUAUCGGUAUGGACAUCUAUAUUGAAUGGUGCUGUUGUGUUUUAUGGAGGUGUAUUGGCAACCAUCUAUCUGGUGAUUGUUCAUAAUAUCGUUCCACACGAAUUGCAUUGGAUCACAUUUAUCAUACUCUUUUUUGCCACUUUUAUUAUUACCAACCUUGCAGUUGGAAGAAGAUGGCUGACUGGUUUAGCCGCCAAAAAUUUGCCAGAGUAUCUCAAUAGUCCCGAAGGACAGUACAGUCACUACGACAACCAAGUUAUCAUUCAAGAACGAGAUGAAAAUCUAAACACCAAUACUGCCAUUCAACAACAAAUGGAUCAAAAUAAUAAUAAUAAUAAUAAUAAUAAUAACAAUAAUAAUAAUACUGGUACAAUUGACAAUAUCGAUAUUGAAUCACUUCCGCCAGUAUCACCAGACCAAAAUUAUCACAAAGUAUCUAAUAAUUCUAAAAAGGCAAUUCCAACAUCGGCCAUCAAGAUACCGACCAUUUACGAUUUACACGACAUGGACAAGAAACUGACCGACCAAAUCAAUCGUUUGACAUUGUUGUUGAACGAGACUAAAUUGGAGAGAUGGAAUCUUAGAUUGGUACCACUCUAUGAAAAGCUUUUAAACGUGCUUGAAAUGAACCAAAAGCAACUCUAUUCAAUCAAAUCGUCUGUUCAAAGUGGGUUCUCACCACUCUUGGGGAAUGAAGCGGUUCUUCCCCUACUCCCCUUUAUCAAUUCCAUCGCCGAUGAAAUCUAUCUUCAACUUGGUUUUAUGAUGGAGAUUGUAAAGAUGAAUUAUAGUUCAUUGGAUGACGACAUCCAAGAUCCACAACAACUACAGCAACAACAAUUCCACGAGGAAAUUGAAAUGAAUAAUGUAGUAGGAGGUGAUAAUCAACAACAACAACAACAACAACAACAACAACAACAACAACAACAACAACAACAAGAUCAACAAAGACAACAAAGGCUUGGAAAAUUAAAAUCAAUUGAAAAGAAAAAAUAUAAUAGAAAACAACAUUCUAGGAUUAUAAGAUCAUUAUUGGAAGAAUCAUUUAAUGAAGCAAAGGCACUGAUUGAAGAGACUGAAAAGAUUUUUAAAAAUGUUGGACAGGAAUAUUUGAAAAAUAAUAUGCCUAUUCUACCGGCCAGUGAAGUCACAAAGAUUCAUUUCUUUUUGUUUGGUAUCUUUUCAUUUGCCAAACAACAACGUCAACUGACCGAUACUAUCUAUCAAAUCAACAAAACAAUCUAUACUGGACCGGUUCAAUUUGAAAUCCUUCGAUUUGGUAUUAUUUAUUUGGUUACUAGUUUUCCAAUAUGGUUAUUUAAAAGAUGUAAAAUCCUAUACAACAUGGUCACAGCAAAGAGUCAACCUUUGGUGGAGGGUCAACAAAAACAAAGUCGAUUUAUACAAUUUUUCAAGGAUAUAGGCAAUUAUUUUUACAAUUUAUUCUUUGCAAAUAUGAAAUGGAGAUAUCCUCUUCAACUUAGUAUAGCAAUCACUCUUUCAUUUGCAUUUUUCUAUUAUUUCGAUGGUCGUGGUUAUAAUGAAUUGGUUAUUCAUGGUAUUUGGGGAUGUGCAACUGUAGCAUUAGUAAUGUCACCAUCACUUGGAGCAACAUUAACAAGAGGAUUUCAUAGAUUUGUUGGAACCAUUCUUGGUGGAGCUUUGGGGUUUGUGAUUGCAUUGAUUGUAGAAAAUGUUGAUAAACCUUUUAAAGAAAUAGUUUUGGCUGUGUCAACGUUUAUUUGGUUAUUUGCAACCUCUUUUGUUCAACAAGAGGCAAAGUACAGUUACGCCGGUACGGUAUCUGGUAUCACCUUUUUCAUCAUUGCCUAUACCAACUACUUUACCGAACAAAAUUCAAUCUUUACUCCUAUUAUGCGUGAAUUUAAUAUCAUUAUUGGGUUGGUGUGGCUACUCAUUGUCUAUGUUUGCGUCUUUCCAUUCCUCACCUACAAGACUGCUAAAACAAAGUAUGCAGAAUUGGCAACGUCAAUGGCCGAGACAUUUGUUAGUAUUGUCGAGGUUGGAUUCGUCAACAAGUAUGCCAACCUCUCUUUAAUACCUCCAGUAGCUCAAGUUGGUGACCAAAUCAAUAACAAUGGUGGUGAUUUAUCUAUUCAACCAGUCACAGCAGCAGUGGUAGCAGAUGAAGAAGAAAAGAUAAAGACAAUGAAUGCAAUAGGUUCAACUAUUCGAAAGAAUAGAAUGUUAUUGUCACAACAAAAACUAUUGCUCUAUGACAUUAGAAUGGAGUUGUGGUUGAAACCUGGUAGGACAGCAUCGCCAUCAACCUACUUUUCAAUCAUUGACAACCUCUCUAAAACAUUUAAUCGAUUGGUUGCCACCGAGACGUCGUUUAUCCAACACUCGUUUAGUGAAAAGAUGGUUCAGUCGAUGGAGCCAGUCAGAAUGUCGUUGUUUAUUCUCAUGGAGAAUAUCAAGCUCAGCAUACAGGAUGUCAAGUCACUGCUCGCCAAUGGUGAAAAGAUUCACCUGCCACUGAUCGAUGGAGAAAAGGAUAUGUCCAUCCUCCAACUCUUACAAAACAGUGUAGAGAAUUUAGAUACCACCUACACUGCCAUCAGAUACGAUCUGAUCCAACGCAAGGAACUUCAAAAUUUAAACCCAGAAAUGAUCGUUUUUGGUAGUGCAUUUUUAAAUAUUAUUGGCAUUAUCAUCAGCACUGUUAAUUUAAUUUAUCAAUUCAACCAAGCAAUCGAAAUAUACAAUAAUAAUAAUAAUAAUAAUAAUAAUAAUAAUAAUAAUAAUAAUAAUAAUAAUAAAAUUGUAAUUCUUUUUAAACCAUCAAAGUUUUUAGUGACAUUCUUUUUGGUUUUAGGCUAUUUUAUCUAUGUUGUCAGAUCCACAUUGUUGAUGACCCAAGAGAGGAACCAAACAUCUAUGGCCUUUCUACUAGGUCUAGGUACCAUUUUAUUUUUUUUGGCGUAUAUUACCCAACUCAUUCACAAUCUCAAAAACCUUCUUGUCCUCUAUCAAGUGGUUCAUAUUUCACCUUGUUCUCAAAAAAUAAUUAAAGGAACCAUUUACUUGCUUUAUUUCUUUGGUAUCAUUUUGCUUGUCCUUUGGAUAGUGGCCAUGGUCAUCUACUGGGCUCCAUUCUAUACAAAUGUAUUUUUGGCUGCUGCAGGAGUGGUCCUCUUGAUCAUAUUUGGUAUGGUCCAAUUCCUUUCCCUUUUCCAAUACAUCACAUUGGUCCAUCAUCUACGCCCUCAAUCAAAGGUAGGCUUUUUCAAAAAAGCUUCUGUGGCGUUCAUUAUGGUACUGUCACUAUGCACAUUGUCAAUUUCAAUUCUGGCACAUUUAACAUGGAUCCCUAAAUCCAACGGAGAAGUGGUAGUAUGGUUGAUAGUAAACAGAUUCUUUAUAUUCCUAUUUGGCCUCGCACCCAACAUUGCUAUCUUCCUUGACCAACAGAUUGGUUCGUCGGUAUCAAGUAUCAAUCAUUAA